CGCAACAACAAGGGUCAAUAACACCGUGGACGCGUUUUCAUCAUUUUCCAAACCCAAGUUGGUUUUGCUUUAUUGCAUGGAGACACCCAGGCGGAGAGCUAGAAGGAAGUUACAUCCGAACCAGUCAACUGAAUGGCAGGAAAAUCUUCAGCAACGCAGGAGCCCUCUUAAGCCGGUCAAACCUGACUUGAAUAAGUUGAAUCGCACUCCCGAUGACAUCCUUUCAGGACAGAAUGAUUCAGACAGUGACCUAGACCGGAAUGUUCUUGAGAUUCUUUCUCCCGUGCGUGUUGGAAUCAAUACGGGAAUUCCAGCCACCCCACCGACUAAAUAUCCCCGUGCACCACCUUCUAGAGAGGUUUCUGGAGUCGAGAUGACAACUGCGUCCCCCCUCCAGAAGACUGCUGCACACACCGCUGUUAGAGCUAAGAAUUCAGACAGAUUGGGAUGCCAGGCGAACAGGUGUCCCGAAUCCCAUUCUUCCCCUUCCAUCCCAUUGACUCCUUUCGCUCCAUCAGCCCGCGCUACUUCUCAAUCCCCCUCAUACGAUGAUCAUUUACGAACGUCAUGUCCAAACGACCGACGUGUGGGGACUGGGAUUGAACCACUCCAUCCUGAGCCACCUGCCGCUGCUCUGUCUGGUUGCUCCGAAAGGGGGGACAAGUUGUCUGCGUCAUUGUUGGAAAUAUCUACUAGCUCUGAUUCUGAGCCAUCCAGGCUGCACUCGUUGACCCGUAAGGCAGCCAGAAGAGUAGCCGUCAUAUCGUCAGAUGAUUCAUCAGAAGACAAGCCUCCAGGGCAUCGUUUAUCCGAUUCCCGUUCUGGCGCAGAGCGGAAUGGAAUAGUCGAUGAUCAGUAUCAAAAUUCUUGGAAUGGCUCUGUGAUUUCUUCCAAGGAGAACCUACCGCACUAUUCCGAUAGCGAGCCCUCGGAAUAUUCUUCAGGAGCCGGCGUUCUUGCUUUAAACCUCCCAAAUGGUUUUCGUCGCCCUUUCUCUUGUCGUGAGGAUAAAUCAACUUCAGAUACAGAAGAUCCUUCUGUAUUACGUGACUUUGGCUCAUCUACUGUACUGCCUACGGAUGGACGUGGAUCCUUUGUCGUUGCCCUUGACAGCGACGAGGAAGAUGCCUUAGAGGUAGAUCAGCUUCUGUCUCAUCGCUCGCCUCGUAAACGUCCCGGAAAACGGAUGUCGACUUGGUCAAUGGUAGAUGGUGGGGAAAUAGUCACGAUUUCGUCUGAUGAGGAAUCAGAUUUCGAGUGCACAUCAACCCCGACUCACACUGGUAUCAAGGACGGUAGUGAAAACAAGUUGAGGCUCACUGCUUCGACCUCCUAUGGACUACCCAACAAACAACCUUUGCUUUUGAAGGAUGGGAACACGCCCCGCCUUCCUGCGACUCCGACUCCGAAGACGACUGCACUUGCCAGGCCCAAUAUCGUCAUGCAUUCCAAACGAAAGCACGCAACUGAGCUUCAAGAAUAUGCGCUUAAUCUGUAUAAUUCGCUCAACCAUCAGGUAUUUGGAAACAAUUUACCUCAGGGUUGUCAUUCGGGCAGCUUCUCGUCGAACCAUAAAUGUUGUGAGAUCAUCUGGAGCAAAACUUUGAUGACAACGGCAGGGCGCGCUGUGAUUAAAAGAUCAAUAUAUGGGAGCGACAGCACGCCACCCCAAAGGAAAGUCUUUAUCGAAUUAGCCACAAAAGUGGUGGACUCCGAAGAACGUAUCCGCAACACGCUAUCCCAUGAGAUGUGUCACUUGGCUGUGUGGCUUAUUGAUGAGGCGAAAGAUGGGGGACAUGGCCGUCCAUUUAAUGCGUGGGCAAAACGGGUAAUGAGGGCUCAGAACGACAUUCAUAUAACGAGCAGGCACUCGUAUCAAAUUGUCUACAGAUAUGAGUGGAAAUGCGUAGCCUGCAACCAAAUAUAUGGCCGUCAUAGCAAAUCUAUCGAUACCUCUACACAACGUUGUGGUGUAUGCAAAGGAGAGCUUAAAGCUCUGUUUGGUGAUACUAGAUCAACCGGCUGGGCUGGUGAGUGCUCGCCUCUGCCAUCUUCAUGAUUUCAACUUUGGCUCUGGCAGCUUUCCUGAAGGAACGGCUCCAGCCCUUUAAAGCAUCUAGGCCCGAUCUCUCGCAUAGUGAGGUCAUGAAAGAGCUUGGAAAGAUUUGGAAAUCCUCAACAACUUCCACAAUCAACGAUCAGCUUGAUGAGACUCUAGUUCA